CCGGCCGCGCAGCCCCAGCCCCGACCUCCGCCACCGCCCAGCCCGGUGACACCGGGCACCGGAGCACCGGGAGCGACAGAACCCGCCGGGGCACCGGGAGCACCGGAGUCCCGGAACAGCGGGAACAGCGGGAACAGCGGCGGCAGCGGCGGGCCGGGGUCCCGGUCAUGAUCUGCGGCAGGAGGGCGCGUCCCGCCGCCGAGCAGCUCCGCGCCCCGUCUGACGGCGCCGGUGGCUCCCGCCGGCCCGGGAGAGCCCUGAAGAAGAUGGGCCUGACGGAGGAUGCGGAUGUGCAGCGGAUGCUCCAGGGGUCCCUGCUGUGGAAGGUGAAGGCCAGGGGGGGCUCCCGGGCGCGGCUGUUCCGCCUGCAGGAGGACGGGGUCACCGUGUGCUUCGAGGGACGCUUCCGGCGCGCCCGCGCCCCCCGGAGCUUCUCGGUGGCGCACGUCGAGGCCGUGAGCGCCGGCCGCCGCUCGGAGGGGCUGCGCAAGCACGGGGCCGCCUUCCCCGAGCGCCACUGCUUCACCCUCGCCUUCAAGGGCCGCCGCAAGAACCUGGACCUGGCCGCCCGCGGCGAGGAGGACGCCCGGCACUGGGUGCAGGGGCUCAGCAAGCUGAUGGGGCGGCUGCAGGCCAUGAGCCAGAUGGAGAAGCUCGACCAUUGGAUCCAUGGGGUCCUGCAGAGAGCAGACAGGAACAAGGACAACAAGAUGUCCUUCCGGGAGGUGAAGAGCAUGCUGAGGAUGCUCAACAUCGACAUGGACGAUGGCUACGCCUCGCAGCUCUUCAAGGAGUGCGACAGCUCGGGCAACGAGCGGCUGGAGGGCCGGGAGCUGGAGGAGUUCUGCCGGCGGCUGCUGCGGCGCCCGGAGCUGGAGGAGCUGUUCGGGCGCUACUCGGGCGAGGACCGGGUCCUGUCGGCCGAGGAGCUGCAGGACUUCCUGAGGGACCAGGGCGAGGAGUGCAGCCUGCGCCAGGCCCGCGCCAUCAUCCGCACCUACGAGCUCAACGACAAGGCCAAGCAGCAGGACCUGAUGAUGCUGGACGGCUUCAUGAUGUACCUGCUGUCGGCCGCCGGUGACAUCCUCAACCAGGAGCACACCAAGGUGCACCAGGACAUGAGCCAGCCCCUGAGCCACUACUUCAUCUCCUCCUCGCACAACACCUACCUGACCCGCAACCAGAUCGGCGGCACCAGCAGCACCGAGGCCUACGUCAGGGCGCUGAGGGCAGGGUGCCGCUGCGUGGAGCUGGACUGCUGGGAGGGCUCGGACGGGGAGCCCGUGGUCUACCACGGCCACACGCUCACCUCCAAAAUCCUCUUCCGCGACGUCAUCGAGAGCAUCCGCGACUCCGCCUUCGAGAAAUCCCCCUACCCCGUCAUCCUGUCCCUGGAGAACCACUGCGGGCUGGAGCAGCAGGCCACCAUGGCCCGGCACAUGAGGGCCAUCCUGGGGGACAGGCUGCUGACACAGCCCCUGCAGGGGCAGGACCCCCACGAUCUGCCCUCACCGGAGCAGCUGAAGGAAAAGAUCCUGGUGAAGGGCAAGAAGCUGCCAGAGCUGUGGCAGGAGCCCCGGCGUGUCACCUCCCUUCUGGACCCCGAGGAGGAGGAAGAGGAAGAGGAGGAAGAAGAGGAGGAGAAGGGGCACGAGAGAAGCCCCCGGCGGUCGCUGCAGUCGCUGCAGGAGAUCAAACCUCUGCAGGCCAAGGACGCGUCGCAGGUGUCCCCAGAGCUGUCGGCGCUGGUGGUGUACUGCCAGGCUGUCCCCUUCCCCGGGCUGGCCCAGGCCCUGCGCCACCCCCAGCCCUGCCAGAUGUCCUCCUUCAGCGAGAGGAAGGCACGGAAGCUCAUCAAGGAGGCAGGCCCGGCGCUGGUCCGCUACAACGCCCGCCAGCUGAGCCGCGUGUACCCGCUGGGGCUCAAGAUGAACUCUGCCAACUACAACCCCCAGGAGAUGUGGAACGCUGGCUGCCAGCUGGUGGCUCUGAACUUCCAGACGCCGGGCUACGAGAUGGACCUGAACGCCGGGCGCUUCCUGCCCAACGGCCGCUGCGGAUACGUCCUGAAGCCCCUCUGCCUGCGCAGCCCCCCCGGGGAGGGCUCCCGCCGCCUGGCCCUGCACAUCAGGGUGAUCACAGCCCAGCAGCUGCCCAAGCUGCACAGGGACAAGGGCAGCUCCAUCGUGGAUCCCUUCGUGCGCGUGGAGAUCCACGGCACCCCGGCCGACUGCGCCAAGCAGCAAACCCACCACAAGCUCAACAACGGAGGGCUCCAGGACACCCUGAGGACACCCUGAUCCAGGGACACCUUGAUGCCAGGGGCACCCUGAUCCCCAUGAGGGACAGCGCCUUGGGUACCACAGCCCAGCACUCACUGCCAGUUGAACCAGUGCCCAGAACAUCCCAGUGCCCAGGACAUCCCAGUGCCCAGAACAUCCCAGUGCCCAGGACACCCCCAGUGCCCAGAACAUCCCAGUGCCCAGGACACCCCAGUGCCCAGAACAUCCCAGUGCCCAGGACAUCCCAGUGCCCAGGACAUCCCCAGUGCCGAGGACACCCCAGUGCCCAGGACACCCCAGUGCCCAGGACAUGCCAAUCCCCCCCCCACACCACAGUGUCCCCUCCCCAGCACAGCCAGAUCCCCACCCGUGGCAGGGUCCAUCAUGUCCCAGUUCUCCCAGUGCUGCUCCCUCAUGGUCUCCAGUAGCAAGCCCAGUUUGAUGCCCAUUCUGCCCAGUACGACCCCCCAUUCCCCCAGUAUACCCCACCACAGCCCCAGUGUCACCCCCAUUCUCCCAGUACGGUCCAGCCCAGCUCCAAUACAACCUCCAUUCCCCCAGAAUAUCCCAUCAGAGUCCCAGUAUGAUCCAUCCCUCCAGUAUGCUGCACCUCAGUCACUGCACAACCCCCCUUCUCCCAGUAUAGCCCAGUCCAGUACCAGUUUGGCCCCCUUUUCCCCAGUAUACCCCACCACGGCCCCAGUGUCACCCCCAUUCCCCCAGCAUGGCCCCUGUUCCCCCACCCUACCCCAGUGCAGCCACAGCAGAGCCCCUUUUCCCCAGUACACCCCAUGGUGGCCCCAGCACGAUCCCAGUCCCCACCAUGACCCCAUUCCCCAGCACGCUCCACCACAGCCCCAGUACGACCCCGUUUUCCCCAGUACACCCCAGCCCAGUCCCCACAUCCGCAGUGCAGGACGGCAGCUCAGCCGGGGCAGGGCAGUGCCGGGGGUCCUGCCGGUCCCUGCACGGCCCUGGUGGCCUUGGUGGCCCCGGUGGCCGCACCCACCCCCGCCGGUG